ACAGACAAGACACAGACACGUGAAGAGCACAAGCUUCACCAUCAAAAGAGGAAUCUGAGGAUCUGCAGAUUGAUAUACUGUUUCACAAAAGACAGAACAGAAGAAACAGAAACAGAAACAGAAGACGCAGAAGAUCUGUUGACAGCUUCACGCUCACAGGACAAUAGAAAUGGCUGACCAACGUGUGUUCUCCGGAGUUGACCUGUGCUGCCAGUUGAACAACUCGGCCCACCACACGGAGGAGAUUGACACGGAGCGUCUGCUGGUGCGUAGGGGCCAGUCCUUCGCCCUCGCCCUGCAGUGCACCGGCAGCGCCCCCCGCGACCCGGACUACACUCUCACGCUCGUCCUACGACUGGGUAACCAGGGCGAGGUGACAGUGAAGGUGUCUGAUGGCCAGAGGAGGGACCCAGCCCAGUGGUGGUUCAGCGUGCAGGGAGCCCAGAGCGAGAUGCUGCUCACCGUACAUAGUCCCCCAGAUGCCCCCAUAGGCAAGUACAGCCUGGCCGUGCUCCUGGUCUCCUCGGACGGACACAUCAUGGAGGAGACGGCCCCCGAGAGCUUCUACCUGCUCUACAACCCCUGGUGCAAAGCCGACACUGUGCAUCUGCCAGACGACGUUCUCCUGAAGGAGUACAUCAUGAAUGAGAACGGCCUCAUCUACCGGGGGGACUCCAACGACAUCAGCUCCAUGGCCUGGAACUUUGGACAGUUCGAGGACGAUGUAGUGGACAUCUGCUUUGAAAUUCUCGACAACUCUCCCUCCGCGCUCAAAAACCCUGAAAUGGACCUCCAGAACCGGGCCAACCCCGUAUAUGUCAGCAGAAUCAUCUCUGCCAUGGUGAACUCCAACGAUGCUGACCGGGGGGUGCUGUGGGGGAAGUGGACUGGGGAAUACUCUGAUGGUGUGGCCCCGACCCACUGGACUGGCAGCGUGUCCAUCCUCAAGCGCUGGACCGAGGACGGCAGAAGACCUGUCCGGUAUGGGCAGUGCUGGGUGUUUGCAGCGGUGGCCUGCACAGUUCUGCGGUGCCUGGGUAUCCCUACUCGCUGUAUCACCAACUAUUCAUCUGCUCAUGACACGGACGGCAACCUGACGAUAGACCACCUGCUGGACGAGAACUUUGAGAGCAUCUCCAGACCCAAUGAGAGAUCUGACAUGAUCUGGAAUUUCCAUUGCUGGGUGGAGUCAUGGAUGGCUCGCGAAGACCUUCCAGGCGGUUAUGAUGGGUGGCAAGUCCUUGAUCCAACUCCCCAAGAAAGAAGUGAUGGUGUGUACUGCUGCGGGCCCUGUCCCGUGCGGGCCAUAAGAGAGGGCGAGGUGGGGGUGAAGUAUGACGCCCCAUUCAUCUUCGCCGAGGUGAAUGCUGACAGGACAUACUGGAUCGAACACAAGGAUGGGACGCGCACCAAGGUCCACGUUGACAAGAAGUCAGUGGGCUGCAACAUCAGCACCAAGAGCGUCUAUGGAGAUCAACGGGAGGAUGUCACUGCACUCUACAAAUACCCAGAAGGGUCAGCGAAGGAGCGUGAGGUUUUCGAGAAGGCCGGCCGACGAGUCUCCCCCCAGCCGGGCGACGACGAGACCCAGAGCCCUCAGCUGAAGCUCUCCAUCAAGAACGCGCCGGCCGUCCACGGCACCGACUUCGACGUCAUCGUGGAGGUGCUUAACGUGGGCCACCAGGACGCACGCGCCCACCUCACUGUCAAGUCCGUCGCCACCACUUAUAACAGCCUGCACCGCGGGGACUGCCAGCGCAAGACUGCCCGUCUCACCGUGCCCGCACAGAAGGUUCACAAAGAGGUCCUUCGGUUGCGAUAUGACCACUAUGGGGCUUGCGUGUCCGAGCACCACACGAUCCGAGUGACUGCCUCCAUUAAGAUGAACGACCAGAGUGAGGUCAUCCAGACGGAGGCCAACAUCCAAUUGAAAAUGCCGAAGCUGAAUAUCAAGGUGACAGGGGAAGCAGCAGUGGGCCAGAAGGUGACGGCCUACAUCACCUUUAGAAAUCCACUUCCUGUCACCCUGAAAGACGGCGUCUUCACGGUGGAGGGGGCUGGACUGACCGCUGCUACGGAGAUUCCUGUGCCCAAUGCCAUCCAGCCAGGGGAGGAGGUGACGGUCAAGCUCUCCUUCAAGCCCAUGCGCUAUGGCAUGAGGAAACUGCUCGUGGACUUCGACUCGGACAGGCUGAUGGAUGUGAAGGGGGAGACCACUUUGAUGAUUCGAGGGAAGAGAUACAACUGGCCAUAAUAAUUCACACAAAACCAGCGUUGAGAUGUUAGAUAAAUGAUUCAUGUUUUUUUAUACUGAAAAAAAACUUUUUUAAGAAUAAUAAUAAUAAAAAAUCCAUGGGUAUGACAGUGUCACUGAAGUUUCCAUUGAAUCUGUGUGCCAGAAUAACUGAAUGACGUGAUUGUUCUUAAGCUUUUAUUUUUUUUAAAUAAACUCGAAGAAUAUUUUGAUAUUUGCACUGCAAUUGUGUACUCUAGAUUAAUCUGUAAAAGGUUAUAACUUGCUUGCACUGUCAAAAAAUCCCUACAUUGCAAGGUAAUAACAUGCCUAGUAAUCAAAUUCUUCUUCAACCCUGUUAUGCUUAUAUGCCUGGCAAUAAAGAGAUUAUUUAUUAAGUA